AAUUUGAUAUUGGUUAACCGCGGUAAAUUUUUUUGAAAUAAUUUGUUGGCGUCGAACUGUCAAAAAAUGAUCGCGGUGGAUUGCGGUGGAUACUUUACUAUCACAGUCUUUUGUGUUCUCAAUGUGGUAAAUGCUUUGGUGGAUUUUUGACACUUCGAAAUAUUUCAUCUAUUUGAUUUUGGUUAACCGCGGUAAAAUUUCUUGAAAUAUUUCGAACUGUCAAAAAACCAAAGCAAAAACAAAAAACUGUGGUAGUGAACAUUGAAGAUAAAAAUUACGCCCAAAAUGUGUCACAGCUACACAUUGGAUGUGUCGAUUUUACACAUCGGUCUGGUUUUUGCCCCAAAAUCCAUCCAAUGUGUAAACUUUUUUGCGACUGCUGCACAAAGUUGCCGCCAGGUGCGGGCAGGUCGCGAGCUGUCAAACUGAUAGAGUUUUAUUAUAUCCGGGAUUAUUAUAUUUUAUGUUCGAUCUAUUUGGCCAGCGGAAUAAACUUGGUUCCUGGACGAAGAUUUACUUUUCGGACCGGAUUUCCGGACAACCUCAGUAUUCAGAGGGUAAGAUUUGAUCACAACUUUUGUGGGUUUGUUUUGAUUCUUUAUUUUUUUUAGGUUAGCACUUUUCCGGUGUCCAGUUUGAGUGCAGCUGCUUCUCCUACUAGCACAGGUUCUCUGGAUCUGUACCACCGCCAACGUGUCCACAAUCCACACUUCGGGCGGCUCGGUCAGCCGAAUUCGAGCUGGAAUCCGCUAUAUGUGCCUGUGUACAUUCCGCAAAAGCCUCAGCUGACGCACAAGUCGAUGGCGCGGUCAAAGCUCACGUGACACACCCCGCCCAACCACCAGGACCAGCUGUAAAACUUUAUGUCCACAAACCACAAGAACAAUGUUGAAAUCAACCCGAUACUGCCAACGUUUAGUCGUAGUUCCUGUAUGCCGCUGGGCUCGGUCGUCGGCGGAACGGAGUCGCGCUUUCUUCUUGACGCUGAACAACUCAACGUCAAUGGCCGCGACCAACAAUUUGUGUCCAAGCAACAACAAGUUCGAGGGCGCGGUCCUACCACCGACCCUACCGGAACGAUCCCCGCAGAGAGCGGUUAAAGCUGGCAACGACCGUGCGCGAUCCGCCAUCGAUCAGCUGCUGUUCCAGUGGGCGGACAAGAUCGAGCUCGAGUCGAGUCCGGCCGCCCGCGAGCGAAAUGAACGAAGCGUCUACUCCAUCUUCCGCAUUCCGACGACCGCCAAGCAACCGUCCCGGUCGCCGUAGGACGUCAGCGCUUCUCCAUCUCGCUGCACGGACCCAGCGUUCACGGCCGCCUCCCCGUCAUCAUGUAGGGCAUGACCGAGUAAAAUGUCAAGGCGUUGUCUCCGCAGAUGUACCUGUACAGCAACAUCAACAACCGGCUUGGUCAUUACGGCUACGUCCACCUCAAGGUCAUUACGGCUACGUCCACCUCAAGGAGAAGUUCAAGCCCCUGGCGGAGACGUCCUCCAUCGAAGACGAACUCCAGCGUUACUAUCACGAGGUGGUCACUCCAAAUAUAUUGCAUUUAUUUCAUAAGUUGAUCCGUAUGUGCAUCCAUAUUUACGUGUAUUCACGAUUCCGUUAUAAAUUUUAUUUCAGUGUUUUUACAGCUGUCAUCGCAAACGUGCGCACUGCUGAUUGUUUACAAACAAAACAAAAACCCUUGAAUUUUGCCACGUUCUUUGGGCAAGGCACGCUAUGUUGAAUUCCGAGGAGCAAUCGGGACGGGAGACCAAGAUCAGUAGGAACCGAUCGACCGCGGUGGUGGUGUUGGACUACCAGCGGACGGGCAAGCGCACCCUCAUCAAGACUACGACACGGCAGACGUACUUUUUGCUCGUGAUUGGCCUGGUCGUUCCGGAGAAGCUCAAUCCGGGCAAUUAGGUGAGAGUGAACAAGGACUCGUACGUCGUACCUCAUCCUGGAGACACUUCCAGCCGAGUAUGACGCGCGCGUCAAGGCGAUGGAGGCGGAAGAAUGGCCCACCGAGCAGUACUCGGACAUUGGCGGGUUGGAAAAGCAAAUCCAGGAACUGAUUGAAGCCGUCGUGCUGCCGAUGACGCACAAGGACAUGUUCAAGAACCUGGGAAUUCAUCCAAAGGGAGUGCUGCACGCUUUCGGCUGGUACAUGUGUGGCGCAAACAAUGUUGACCUUCCUGAAGCUGGCCGGCCCGCAGCUGGUGCAGAUGUUCAUCGUUCAUCGGAGACAAUGCCAAACUCGCCCGGGACGCAUUUACACUAUCAAGGGAAAGUCGCCGACGAUUAAAAAAAAAGUUUCUUUGAUUUUCUUUUUAUUUAUUUUUUUUGUAUUGUUGAAUAUGAUGAAAAAAAAAACAAUAAUCAUGAGACAACGCGUUGCGUUGCGUACGAUUGCAAA